AAUUAAUUAAUUACAAAUUUCUCCCUAGAGAAAAGGCCCACAACAGUGGAAUGGCCGGAGAAGAAAAUUCCCGUACGAUUUUGUUUAUCUGUCUUCUUCGUCGUCGUUUUGGGUUUCGUCUUCUCCGAUUGACAGCAACAUUACUGAAAAUCCUCUGUACCAAACCCUAAAUUACUUUACCACCUGCGUUUCCGCUAUUCAAACGGUCGAUUUCGACGCCGCCGCCGCCGCCGUUUCUUCCUCCUCCGACGAUCUGGUUUGUUCUAUGAUUCUUUGCCCCAAUUUUUCAUCUUCUUCGAGACGUUCUACAGGUCCCUAUGUUUUCUGAUUUUCAAUUUUCGAUUUCGUCACUCCGAUGUGCAAGACUAAGAAAAGUACGGACGUGAUCGAUCCGCCGAGCCCUAGAUCCUCUCGCCAUCAACGAAUGUCGAAAUCCAACGCCUCGUCUUCCUAUGCGGAUCCUUCCAGUUCUGUGAAUUUCACGAGUUACAAUAUUAGCACUACCGAUACUAAAUCCAGCACUAAGAGCUCGUCGAAAUCUUCCAGUUCUAGUCGAGCUUCGCUUGUCAGUUUGAAGAAUUCGCUUCCGGAUAAUCCUCUCAUUUACGAGUUUUCUGAGAUUCGUUCCGCUACCAACAAUUUCCUCUCCAAACCGUUCUCUUCGUCGUCUUCUUCUUCUUCGUGGCGGUGCUUAAUUAGGGGAAAAGACGUGAUCGUUUUUCAGCGGAAAUUGCUCCGUCCGAUUGAGUUACCGGAGUUGAAGCAUCAGUUGUCUGUUAUCGGCCGGAGCCACCAUAACAGUCUGGUGAAGCUCCUAGGCGCUUCGAUUUCGGGGGAUUACGUUUAUCUGGUGUACGAAUUUAUCGUCGGAGCAAACUUGGCGGAGUGUCUCCGUAAUCCGAGAAACCCCAAUUUCACCGUACUUUCGACUUGGAUUUCUCGGAUGCAAAUCGCUACCGAUUUAGCGCACGGACUUGAUUACAUCCACCAUUGCUCUGGUUUGAACUCGAAAUUCAUCCACAAUCACAUCAAGAGCUCCAGCAUUGUAAUCACGGAGGAAACCCUAACUCCGAAAAUCUGCCAUUUCGGCACCGCGGAGCUCUGUGGCGAGACAGCAGUGACAGAGGAGGAGAAUGAAGAAGAAGAAGAAGAAGGAAACAAAUCAGAGAUUACGACUUACAGGCGGCCGAAGCGGCCAAACGUUAAGAAGAUUAAACUGGAAGGGACGAGAGGUUACAUAGCGCCGGAGAUGAUGGCGAAUGGGACGAUGAGCCAGAAAAUCGACGUUUAUGCGUUCGGAGUGUUGAUUCUGGAACUAAUCUCCGGCGACGAGGCGUUGAAGUUCAUUCUGGAGAAGGGGAAUCGCGGCGGCGGGUAUGUGAGGGUAAGUGUGAUAGAGACAGCGAAAAAGGCAGUGGAGAGUGGAACCGGCGGGAUUCGGACAUGGGUGGAUCGGAGAUUGAUGGACUCAUUUCCGGUGGAGGUGGCGGAGAAGAUGGUGGUGGUUGGGCUGGAAUGCGUGGAGGAGGACCCAGAUAAGCGGCCGGGUAUGGGUCGGGUCGCGGGAAAGAUUUCUAAGCUGUUUCUGGAAUCGACCCGGUGGGCGGAGAGCGUUGGCAAAUCACUCGACAUGUCGGUUUCUCUCGCCCCUCGGUGAAAGGUGAUAGUGAAACGACAAUCGGUACAAACUUCCACUGCCUUAAUUUUUUUUUUUUCGAUACUUCAUAAUUAAUUAAUUGAUUAUUGAAGAAGUGUUCGUGAGAAUUUUGGGAUAUUUUAACUUAAAUUUUUUUUAAUGGGGAAUUUUGAGAGAUU